CACAGAAUCUGUAUAUUCAGAAAAUAAAAAGCAAAACAAAGAUACAACUAGCAAGAAAGUAACCACUAAUAAAAUUGGAACUGCAAAUAUAUCAUACAGACCGCCCAAAAAGUUAAAAAAAGUACUUUGCGUGCAAGAUGGCGGAACGGAGCCAGCGAGACUUUAACAGGAGUGCAUUGACAGUGCGAGGUCGACGGGCUUGGUACACGGGACAACGAGCAGAAAAGAUACCCGAGGGGUUAGUGGGUGUCGUUGGUAAUGAUUGCAUGGGUUUAGAUCUGUCUUAUAACGAACUAACCUCUAUCAGCGCUGUUAAAUACUUCCAAAGUCUCCAGGAGUUGAUACUCGACAACAAUAAACUGCGGGACCUCAGAACAUUACCGUAUAUGCCAACUUUGACCACACUCAGUUUGAACAAUAACAAGAUAACAGAUAUAGAUAUCGCGUUGAAAAGGAUACAGGAGUGUUGUCCGAACGUGGUGUACAUAAGCCUGCUCGGCAAUCCAGGAUGUCCCGAUCAGUUGACCAAUCCAACGUCAACCGACGACGAAGAUUAUAAUCGUUACAGAUUAUACGCGAUAUACGUACUACCCCCGACUCUUCGUUUUCUUGAUUCGCGAUUUAUUACGCGACAAGAACGGAAUGACGCUGAAAGACGAGGAAAAUACUCAAGGACUGUGAAAUUUGUCCCAGAAUUGUCAAAAUUCGUUCAAAACCCGAUGGAUAAAUUCGAUGAUUAUUUCUUUAACAUUAAUUAUACACCUUUACCAACGUCAAUUCGUGAUCCUCUUGAUCACAAAGGAGCAUUUGGCAAAUGCAAACAUCGAUAUUCAGGAAAGAAUUCGGAAGGGAAUCGAUUUAUUUCGAAUAACGAUCUUUGAACAUAGAUUAAGUCGAGUAUCUUCGCAAUGUAGGCCACGAUCGAUAUUCUCCCAACAAAUGAUAAAAACCAGUAAUCCAGGCUCGUAGAACAGGUACUGAGUGAAACAAUGCACAAAUCUUUUUUUACUUUCUCGACACUUUUUUUCCCUCUUUGUUUUAUUACGAAAAAUCUCAUCUACGUGCCUGACGUCGCGUUUGUUCGAAUUUAUAUCUCAUAGUUGUUAAUUCUUUUUUUAUCUAUCUACAUAUAUUGAAUAAAAUAUAGAAUUCAUUAUGAGUAAACGUACAAAAUUUUAUUAUCACGUACACUGAUGAGUGGCAUAUAAAUAAAUGUCCAAGUAAUAUCUCUAUUUUCGUUCGAAUCGAACGAUCCAAUUCGAGUGUUACGCGACAGUCUGAGAACGGAAACAGAAAACGCGCGCGCGUGUCAUGAAUUCCAACACCUCGGUUCUUUUCUUCCUGCUCAUCAACUUUAUUAUCAUAAUUUAAUGUUAUUGGUCCUUAAACGUACACAACAUAGUCUCGCAACAAUACUUUCUACACGCAACAAACUCGGCUUUCUCCGCGAACAAACACAGCUCAUCGAAUCUCUGAAACUCUCGUUUCGCAUUGACAAAUUUUUCCUAAUCGAUCGGUCCGCUGACACGCGUUUUUAAGAGAAGAACUUACGUCGAAGGCAGUAAUUUAAAAUACUCUCGAUUGUUAACCCUGUAUUUAGGAAGAACCUUACGGAUAAGUACACGAUCCAUGUUACGCUCUAUACUUGCCUAUAUGAAAUAAACCGGAAACUCGGCGUUGUAAUAAUUAAUUAAAUACGAUUACGUCAGCCUUUCGAUUCGUUCCGGAUGUAGUUAAUACUUACUCGAGUACUGCUAUAUUCCUAGAAUGAAGUGUUCACGGAUCAGUGUUUCUUACAUACAUUUAUGUAUUAUCGCAAGCGCAUCCUCUACUCGCGUACGCUUCUUUCUUACGAAACACUGGUUUUCUUUUCGUUUUACUCAAUCCAAGACUUCCAUCCGUUGACGAAUAACCGGUUCAAAGCCCCAUGGCCUAUCAUAUAUUGUGUAUCCCUACGUAUAUGUAUAAAUAUAACAUUUAUAUGAAUAUAUUUCUAUAGAAUAGGAA